CAGCCCACCGCGCCAGUAUAAAGAAAGAAAUUGAACGGAACAGUGCGUGUAAAAGAGGACGAUUGUUUAAAUAUUCUUUAUUUACAAAAAUCAGUGGAUUUCAGUGGACAUUCCAGUGUAUAAGUUAUGGAGUCACCUGUAGUAGUGGAUAAGCCACCGGAGUAUCACGGGAACGAUAAUGAUCGCGGGUUCCCAUUCGACGAGGAGGAGGGCUCAGGCGCGUGGAGCGAGCUAGCGGCGCGCCACCCGGACAUCGCGGCGCGGCUGCGACACCACCCCGCCGGCUGGGCCAGCAAGCGGCGGCCCAACAGCCAGCACGACGACGAUUUCGGCGACAGAUUCAGCGGCUUCGACAGAUUCCCCUUCGACGAGAUCCCGCCUGAGUUCAGAGGACACUUCCCUUCACAUUGGAACCGCAGAUUCGGUCCCAGAGAGGAGGUCCCUCAACCACAGCCACAGACUAGCAAUCAACCGCAGCCACAGUCGCCACAGCAGCAGACCACAGCAACACAGACUGAACCCAACCAACCGCCAGAGCCACAGACUUCACUCCCACAGUACGGACUAAGGAAUACAGUAGAUCUCGGCCAGAAAAGCGCAGUCGACCCGAGCCUAGUUAAUGCAGACGACAGAAACCAAAGGUCCAUGUCAGCACCUCCCGAGAGCGCGAACCACACGAAAAUGAGCGGACAAAACCACCAGGAGGCCCCACACAGCGAGCCGCAGCCGCAGGCACACUCCAAAGUACGUAAUAUCCCCAUAUUCGUGGAGGGCCGCGACCAGCCCGUCAUCAACGAGAAUGUCGACCACGCUGGUCACUUCGGGGAGUCCAAACCCGCAUACGUACCCCACCAGCAUCCGCACCCGCACCAGCACCAGCAUCAACAGCCGCCGCUAGACAGUACAUACUUCACCGAGGAGGGUCCCAUCAACUUCAACCACCCGCCCAACUUCACGCGCGCGUUCGGCACCCCGUUCGGCAAGCCGUACCGGCAGGGGCAGCCGUUCGCGCAGCAGAAGGUGUACCCGCAGAGCGCGACCAACUUCGCGCGGGGCGCGUCCCCGCAGAGAUCUCAGUCGCCGAAACCGCAGCACGAGGAGUUUAUUAAGGUGCCCGUGCAGCACGAGGCGCCAAAGCAGCAGCCGCGACCACAGCCCAAACCCCAGCCACCACAACAGCCGCAGCAGCCCCCGCAGCAGCAACAGCCGCCGCCGCCACCGCAGCAACAGAAGGAGGCGACCCCGCCGCCGCAGCCCAAGCCGGCCUCUCCCGCCGACCCCAUCACGCAGAUUCUCGCCAUCCAGACCGACGUCCUCAACCUGAUGACUGAAGUCGAAAACUUCACCGGCACCAAGAAGGACAAGAGAUACCUGUUCCUGGAUGAAAUGCUCACUAGGAACCUUAUCAAGUUAGACAACAUCGAAACCGAGGGCAAGGAGAACAUCAGGAACGCGAGGAAGGAGGCGAUUAGGUGUAUUCAGAAAUGUAUAGCCGUGUUAGAAGCCAAAGCCGAUAAGGGCGGGAGCACCCCGCAGCCUCAAGAGAACCAGGAGGCGCCCGCGGACGUUGACAUGAACAGUCAGCCGAGCGAGCCCGAGCAGGCGGCCAACGGGGAGGUCGACAUGAAGGAACCGUCCAAAGAUGAAGCUGCGCCCGAGCAGCAGCCGGCUGCAGCGGCGGCGGCCCCCGAGCCCGCGGAGGCGCCUCAAGCCGCCGACACGCGACCGGACGAAAAGCCCGCCGAACCCGAGGCCACGGAAACUAAAGAAGAUAAUGUAGAUAAGAAAACAAAGAAGGUAGUUAAGAAUGUAAAGAAACGCGAUAAGAGUAAGGAUAAGGCGGCGAAAGGCGAGGCCGAUAGCAAGGAGGUGAUGCAGGUGGACGACAAGGGGGACAAGCCCGCGGGGAUGGAGGUGGACGGUGCUGCUAGUCAAUAAUAUAGCUGCCUUAGUGAAUUCGCAAGUUAGUACACGGCUCGGCCUUCCUUAUGUUAAUUCAUUGUGCUAAUAUAACACAGGUGUUGACAUCUAUGUAUAGUGUUUAUGUUUGUACAUUUAUUAAUAUUUAAACUUAAGUAUUUGUCCUUUAGGAUCUUAAAUGGUAUUGUAUUUAAAUCCUAAUAUUUAAUUUAUUGUUUAUCAUUACGUGAUAACACAAUUUUCUCAAUAAAUAAGAUGCCACUGAAA